AGUAGUCAAUUACAAACAGGUGGCAACUCUGCAUUACAAAUUGGCUUGUCAUAAACUCUUGCCGGUUUUAUUUACAAACAAGUUGAAAAAUGCCGAAAAAUCCAGGCUAUCGCAACAAAAAUAAUGCGCCACGCAAACGCCAGGUGCAGCUGGACGAACAGAAUCCAGUUGUGCUGGCAUUCCGCAGCUAUGCCAGCGAAUUGGACAGCAAACACGAUCGUCAUGAGCGCAUAUUGAAGUUGAGCCGCGACAUUACAAUCGAAUCAAAGCGCAUUAUAUUUUUUUUGCAUUCCAUUGAUGCGCGCAAGGAGAAUAAGGCCAAAGUACUGGAGGAAGCUCAGCAGCGUUUGACCAAACUUAUCGAGGUUAACUUUCGCGCCAUUGCUUUGGAGCUGAGGGAUCAGGAUGUCUAUCAAUUUCGGGCAGCCUACUCGCCCGGACUGCAGGAGUUCAUAGAGGCAUACACCUAUAUGGAGUACUUGUGCAACGAGGACAACGCCGAGCACUCUAAGCCGGUGUCCGACUGGUCUGCCCUGCAGUCGGUUAUGCAGUAUGAAAUUGAGGCUAACAAAGAGCCCGUGAAGGAGGAAAGUAUGCCCAUAUCCGGGGAUCAAACGGAAGUCAAGGCCAUACAAAAGUUUCAGUUUUUUGUUGAUCCGACAGAGUAUAUUUUAGGCGUUUCGGAUUUAACGGGCGAACUGAUGCGCCGCUGCAUCAACUCGUUGGGCAGCGGUGACACGGACACCUGCAUGGAGACUUGCAAGGCAUUGCAGCAAUUUUACACAGGCUACAUCAGUCUGAACUGUCAACGUGCCCGGGAAUUGUGGCGCAAAAUUACCACCAUGCGGCAGAGUAUGCUGAAGGCGGAGAAUGUGUGCUACAAUGUAAAGGUGCGCGGUGGCGAGGCGGCAAAAUGCGCUAAUUUUGAUCAGAAGCCGGCUGACGAUACUGAUGAGGGAUUUUAUUAAAAUACUGUAUCCGCAUAUAAUCAGCAAAAAUAUGUAAUAAUUCAUUAAUAUAUAGAGAAAAAA